AUGCUCCCUGCAUACAACCCAAACAGCCCCCUGCGAGCCUCUGCGCCCCUCUCGCCUCUCGCCCCUCCCUCCAGAAACCCUCCUGUUGACUACGUCUUCUCGAUGACACUCCCCCCAAUCAGGUGGCAGAGAGCUCUUAAAGACACAGCACAGCCGGGCAGCUGCAGGGCCAGGGUGAGGGACGAGAGUGAGAGUGGGACCCAGGGACCCGCCAACACUCUGAGGUUGCUCAGUCAGGCUGCGAGAGCAUGGUGUUCAGUUCCAGUCACCCACCUGUUCACGUGA